AUGACGAAAGGUUACUUACUGGGCGCCUGCCCAGUUCAGAACAAGGUAACAUUUAUAAAAGCUGGGGAGAAGCCAGCAGCACCAAUCCGAAACAUCUCGCCUGGCCUGUUGGCAACGGCACACGAUUGGGAGCUGAGAGUUGACUUGGCAAAGCUGUUAAAGUUCCCCGAAGCGGUAGCCCAGACAACUCAGAGGCCAGACAUCGUUGUUACUUCAGUUGUCUCCAAGCAGGUAAUUUUUCUGGAGCUUACUGUGCCUUGGGAAGACCGUAUGGAGGAAGCUCAUAAGAGAAAGAGGGCAAUGUAUUCCGAAUUAGUGGAGGAGUGCCGGAGUAAUGGCUGGCGGACAAGAUGCCAACCCAUUGAAGUGGGAUUUCGAGGAUUCGAGCUUAUCAACUUUUUCUACAGAAACAGUAACACCUCAUCAAAAUACGAAGACAUCAUCAAAAAGAGUAUUCGGAUCUGUUCAGGACUUCCUGCUGUCUACCAGCUGACAAUAAAGAUGGAGACCAUUGGAAAUGAAAGAAGAGUUACCUUUGGUGAAAAGAAUGUGAACAAGAUAAAUAAAACCAUCUUACUUGUUGGUGAAACAGGAGCAGGAAAAUCUACUGUGAUCAACGCUCUGUUCAACUACACCAUUGGAGUGAAGUGGGUGGAUUCAGUCUGGUUUCAGAUAGUUCAAGAGGAUGCGAAAAAAAGCCGGACAGAAAGUCAGACAUCAGAUGUGAUCGUGUACGAGAUCUUUGGUUUCGAAGAUGAAACUCUUCCCUAUUCUCUGACCAUCAUCGAUACUCCUGGAUAUGGAGACACCAGAGGAAUUGAACAUGAUGACAGCAUCAGUGGAAGAUUAUUGGACUUGUUUCGAUCAGAGGAUGGAGUUCAUGAAGUGCAUGCAGUGGGUUUGGUGAUGAAGACAACAGAUAAUCGACUGACUGACAGACUGAAGUACAUAAUUGAUGCAAUGACAUCUCUGUUUGGAAAAGACCUGGAGAAAUACAUUGUAGCCUUGAUCACACACUCAAAUGGAAGAAAACCCACAAUCCCUCUUCAAGCUAUUGAAGAUUCAAACAUUAAAUGUGCCAAAAAUGAGAAGAAUCAGCCUGUGUACUUCCUGUUUGAUAACUGCCAGCAUGAAGACCGAACAGAGGAAAUAGAACACCUGGAACAUGCUGAUAAAGUCACAAUGACAGGAAUGCAAGAGUUUUUAGCCUUUGUGGAAAAAACUUCACCUCGAAAGCUAGUAAUGACAUCAGAUGUUCUGAAUGAUCGCAUCAGACUGACUGCCUGCAUCCAAAACCUUCAAGAGAAGGUCAAACUGACUGAUAUGAAACAGACAGAAAUCAAACAGAUUCAAGAAGCUCUGAGAAAACAUAAGGAAGAGAUGACAAAGAAUGAAAAGUUCAUUGUAGAAGUUGAUGAGCCCUAUAAACAUAAAGAAAUAAUCCGUGGUGGGAUGUGGGGCUUUGUUUUUUAUCAAGGAGCUGUCUGCUGUACAGUCUGUGAGGAGAACUGUCACUAUCCUGGAUGCUACAUAGCCUGGUAUCCAAAAUACUGUGAGGUCAUGAAAAAUGGUCGCUGCACUGUUUGUACUAAGAAGUGUCUUGCAUCAAAACAUGUGAAAGAAACGUGGAGAUAUGUAACCAAGACACGAAAAGUUCAGAAGACUGAAACGACAAUGAAAAAGAAAUAUGAAGACAAUAAAACUAAAGGUCAGAACAAGUUGGAUAUUUUGGAAAGUCUUGAAAAGGAAAAGAACAAACUGACAACAGAGAAGUCACAGUUGCUGGAUGAGUCCUACCAACAUCUUGUCAGACUGGAGCAGAUUGCUCUGAAAGCUGAUUCAGCGUCCACUAUUGUCCACUUGGACUUCCUGAUUGAGAAGAUGAAGGAGAAAGGAGACACAGAGAAGGUCCAGAAACUGGAGGAGAUGAAAACCAGACUGGAUGAAGGAACCAGAGCAGCCGUUCAAUAUAUAAAAGUUAAACAAACAAUGGGUGGGAAAAGCAAGUAA